AUGAACCGCUCACCAGGAGAGGCCUUUCCGCGACUUGCGCAGCAGCUGAACCGCGCCCGCCAGCAGGCGUCGCGCGCCGGCGGUGGCGGCGGCGGCCGCGGCGGCGGUAACGGACAGGGAGCCGCGACGGGCGGCGGUCUCCUGAUGGCCCUUGUGCUCGGCGGUCUUGCCGUCAACGCCUCGAUCUACAACGUUGACGGUGGUCACCGUGCUAUCCUCUACUCUAGGCUUGGCGGUAUCCAGGACAAGAUCUACGGAGAGGGUACCCACUUCAAGAUCCCUUGGGUCGAGACUCCGAUCGACUACGAUGUUCGUGCCAAGCCGAGAAACAUCGGCUCGCUUACGGGCACCAAGGACCUGCAGAUGGUGAGGGACGCCGGACAUCGCGGCAAGCUAACGAUCAGUUACCGCACUCUCGGCACCGACUACGAUGAGCGUGUUCUUCCCUCGAUUGUGAACGAGAUCCUGAAGUCUGUCGUUGCGCAGUUCAAUGCCUCCCAGCUCAUCACGCAGCGUGAGAUGGUCUCGCGUCUUGUCCGUGACAACCUGACUGUUCGUGCGCGGCGCUUCAACCUGAUCCUCGACGAUGUGUCGAUCACGCACGUUGCAUUCUCUCCCGAGUUCACGCACGCCGUCGAGGCCAAGCAGGUCGCGCAGCAGGUUGCCCAGCGUGCCGCGUUCCAGGUAGACCAGGCUAUCCAGGAGAAGCAGUCGAUCAUUGUCCGCGCGCAGGGAGAGGCCAAGGGUGCCGAGCUCAUCGGCAAGGCUGUCCAGAACAACAAGGGAUUCCUGGAGCUCCGCCGCCUCGAGGCCGCCCGCGAGAUUGCCAAUGUCCUCCAGCAGAGCCCGAACAAGCUCAUGCUCGACUCGGGCUCGCUCCUCCUCGACGUCACCGACGACAAGGUGCUUCAGGGCAAGGACGGCAAGAACUAG